AUGGAAUUUUUGCUCCCGAGCCAUUACUCAAUCAAAAGUGCCGCUGCCGUUUGUGGAAUUGGCACAGAUCUCUGUUUUAACAUCAGUAAUGACAAGGCGGGAAGAAUGAUUCCAGAAGAGUUGGAACAGAAGAUUAUUGAGUGCAAGAAAGAGGGGCUCGUCCCAUUAUUUGUCUGUGCUACAGCUGGAACGACUGUCUAUGGUGCAAUGGAUCCUAUCGACAAAAUUGCUGACAUUUGUGAAAGACACAAGAUUUGGUUGCACGUUGAUCCUGUUGAUUUUCGGUAUCGCAUCCUUAUGCUGUCAUCUUGCAGGCCGCUUGGGGUGGUGGCUUACUGUUAUCGCCGGAACAUCGCUACAACUGGAAUUGAACGAGCCAACAGUGUUACUUGGAAUCCACACAAACUGAUGGGAGCUUUGCUACAAUGCUCUGCUUGUCUUUUCAAGCAAGACGUAAGCUGA